AUGACGGAUCUUGGUAAGAUGCGUUAUUUCCUUGGAGUCGAGGUUGUUCAGAAUGAGGAGGGGAUUUACAUUUGCCAAAGGAAGUAUGCAAAGGAGGUGUUGGAGAGAUUCGGAAUGGAGAAGAGCAACUCAUCUAGGAACCCUAUUGUCCCUGGAUUCAAGUUGAUGAAAGAUGAAAGUGGUGUGAAGGUGGACGCCACUAUGUAUAAGCAGGUUGUUGGCUGUUUGAUGUACUUGGCAGCUACUAGGCCAGAUCUCAUGUAUGUGAUAAGUCUAAUCAGCAGGUUUAUGGGAAGUCCGACUGAGCUACACAUGCAAGCAGUUAAAAGAGUCCUCAGGUAUCUCAAAGGCACUGUUGAUUUGGGGAUUCUGUACAAACGAAAUGGGAACGAGAAGCUUGAGGCAUACACGGAUAGUGACUAUGCAGGUGAUCUAGAUGACCGGAGGAGCACAUCCGGAUACAUGUUUCUGCUUAGCACCGGUGCAGUUUCAUGGUCUUCUAAAAAGCAACCUGUAGUUACCUUAUCUACCACCGAAGCUGAGUUUAUAGCUGCAGCCUCCUGUGCUUGUCAAGGAAUUUGGAUGCGCAGAGUUCUUGAAAAGCUUGGCCAUGCUCAGAAUGGAAGCACAACCGUGUAUUGUGAUAACAGCUCCACUAUAAAACUUUCGAAGAACCCGGUGCUGCAUGGAUGA